GCGGGAAGCCAGCGGUCUCCGCCCCCUCACCUGCCGCCCGGGGCGGGCGGGGUGUUGCCGUCUGGCCGGGCUCCGAGCGGCGCUGCCCGCGGAAACUUGUGCAGCAGGAAGGGAGCAGAGGGCGGGAGCUGAGCCGCCAGAGCCGCCGCAGCUCCUCCUCCUGCACCCGGGGAGAGGAGCGGCAGCGGCGGGGCCCCAUGCGGCGGCCGGGACGGCGCUCUCCGCCGCCGGGCCCCAUCACCAUCGUCACUAGCAGCCGCCACCGAUGACCUGGACUAGCAGCAUGAGCAGCGGCUACAGCAGCUUGGAGGAGGAGGAGUCCGAGGAGUUCUUCUUCACCGCCCGCACCUCCUUCUUCAGGAGGCCGCCGGGCAAGACGCGGGUCGCCCCAGAAGAUGUUCAGAAAGAGAGUGAUCCUCAUGUUUAUCUCAGUAAAGAAGAGGUUAAAGAGAAGAUAGAAAGCUAUAAUUCAUCUGUCACUGAUAAAUUAAAGAUGACCUUGAAUGCGAAUGGGAUUUACACUGGCUUCAUCAAAGUCCAGCUGGAACUAUGCAGACCAAUUACUGUGCAGUCUUCCCAGAGCCAGGGGAGGUGUGCUCACAGCAAUAACGAAACUGCUUUCUACUUGCCGGAUGGCUGCACGAAUACCCUGCACAUCAGCAGCACCAACACUGUCCGUGAAGUUAUUGAGGCCUUGCUCAAAAAGUUUUUUGUAGCUGACAACCCUGCCAAGUUUGCACUUUAUAAACGCUGUCACAAGGAAGACCAAGUUUAUACAUGCAAGCUGUCAGACCGAGAGCAUCCCCUCUACCUGCGUUUGGUGGCAGGUCCUAGAACAGAAAUGCUCAGCUUUGUUCUACGCGAGCAUGAAACUGGAGAAGUUGUGUGGGAAGCUUUUACUAUUCCUGAACUGCAAAACUUCUUGCGUAUACUGGACAAAGAGGAAAAUGAGCAACUGCAAAUUCUAAAGAAGCGUUACGCAGCUUACAGAGACAAACUUGAAGAAGCCCUCAGCGGGGUGUGGAAACCUGGUUAAAAAGGGGGGGCCAAAAGACACUCAGGAAAAUGCUCCCUACCAAAUGUCAGUAUAGCAUGCCAAACCCAAUCCACAGAGAGCAGCAGAGAGUAGUUUUCAUCAUUCAGAAGACUGUUUUGUGAUGCCAGGGUACCUGAAUUUUGCUAUAGGUGUAGUUUAGUAAGCCAGGUCACUUAACAUCUUGCGUCCACAAAUAAGGGAUUCUGCAUGUUUGUACAUCAGUUUGCAACCCUCUGUGUGCCUAGAGAGUUUUCCAAGUUAUCUUGGUGCAAGCUGUGAAAUUGUAAUCCAUUUUCUAGGAUGUUACGGAAUAAGUUGGGCUGGAGUUUUGUUUUGGUUUUUUUUUUGUUGUUAUUUCUUUUCUUUUUUUGCUUUAAUGGUAGCUUUACAAGUAAGGAUGUGCAAAUUGAUAGGUUAGAAAAAAUACUACAGCUGUUUGGACAAGAAUUACUUGGAGCACUAUCUUUGAGAUUUAAGUUGAUUGCACUACCUUUCUGUUUUCAAAUAGUUACUGUAUAAUUUGUGGGGGGAACGUUAUAGAUAUGAGAUCCUGUGGUUUGUUCUGUGAAAUUUAUGGAAGGUUUUAAUGGUAGUCUGGAGGAAAGGAAAGAGAAAGUUGAAAAGAAGGUAAGAGUUGAGGGAGACCUCUUAACAGCUGGCAAAGGACUAGUUUUAAAUGGAAAUAGUAUUUAUACAGAAGAAAGCAUACUAAAUCUACAAGAUGAAAGUUUUAGGAUGUUAGAAUAUUGUGAAUAAAUUUUAUUGUUUAGCUGUAUAAACCCACACUGGAAAAGAAAGAAAGAUAAUAGAAAUAAUGGGAAGGAAUGAGAGGCAAACACUAAGUGAAAGUGGAAGUGGAGUUGCACAUAGAAGUCGUUAUUGGAGAAGCUGGUUCUGUAAAUGUGUCAUGGGGGUUUGAAAGGUGCAGUAAAGAUGAAAACACGGCUGCUUACUUGAAUUCUGAAAAGUGGACAUUGUCUCAGAUGAAUCUGUGAGAAAUGCCCAUCUCUAAGUGUUUAGACAUAAGCUAUAUGCAUUUGGUCUUUAUUGUAAGUCAGACCUUUCGUCUGGCUUAGCAAGCCAUUUUUAGGCUGGAUAGUGCUGAAUUGUCAUAGUUGAGAGACAAAAAUAACUUCCUCUGCUUCUUUGUUGAAGGCUCAGUCAGGCAAAGAAAGUAGACUUUCUUAUUCACAUUUCCACUUCAGCAGAAGAAUAACAUUUAUUGUUGUGUGGGUGACUGAGCUUAGUGACUCUUAGUAAUUCAGGAGGUUUUUUUUCUGUGUGUUUUUUAAAUUCUUGAUUGAAAAACUUAAUACCAAAUUUUUCAGACUGAUUAAUUACUUGAUUUAAACAUAGAAAAAAAAAUGUAGCAAGAAAACUUUACUGUAAAUAUAAUUGCUGUUCUUAAUUUACCUUUAAAAAGUGUAUUCGAAUGAAACCAAAGAAAAUGGUGUGCAAUAGAAGCAUGAGGCCGAUUUGAGUAACUGAUCCUUUAUCCAUCAUCUUCAUGCCAGAGAGAAAAUGAGUUAUAUUUUGGGGGGGGAGAGAGAGGCAGGAGUACCAACGAUUUCAGAGCAGCAGUUGCGAGGUGACUUUUUCCCUCUCCAUUCUUAGGGUGGAUGCUUUAAAUUCCCAAGGAAUUGUUAAAGCUGUGGUGACAUCUAACGGAUACUGUGUGAAACUUCAAGGUGCUUCUGUUCCUCCCCUCC